AUGUCCUUGUUGCUCAUCCUCUCUUUUAUCGGGCUUUCCCUUCGUGACAUGGAUCUUCCGUCCUCAUUCUUGACUUCAAAAAACGGCGUCAAUUCGACCCUUGACAUGCUCACCAAGAUCGUUCAGGCUUUUACCGAAACCAUCCACUGGGAUGUGCCCGCCGACAUGUUACCCGAUGACAUAAACCCCAUUGUCAUGGAAGCUUUGGAUGCUGUGCUUGAUGAUUCGGCCGCGAAAGCUGACAUCUGGAAGUAUGAUUUUUCGAGGGGCGACAAGAAAGUGAUCAUUCCGGCGUUCUACCUGCCCAAAUCCAAGCUUUCCAACCCCUUGACCCAGAGCUUCGAUCCCAGAUUCACCUGGGGAAUCUACUUGCAUCACAUGGCCCAAGAGAUUACACAGGCCUGCCGCGAGCCCACUUCCGCCAGAGAGAAGAUGUCAAUUCCGUUUGUGUGGUCAGAAUGGGUAGACCUUUCAGAAUUGGAUGGGUAUGUUUCGCUUCCGCUUGGCCAAAAACCUACAUGUGGAGAUGUACAUUCCAACGCGGGGCUUUCCAAAUACGAAAAACUCCGUGCCCAGAAAGGAGAGAAAGGCAGUCCUCCAGGUAUACCGGUAGAGGGUCCCAAUCUGAGACCAGAUCGAAUCCAAGGAUACGAGUACUGGAUGACAUACUGCGAUGAUGAGAUGGAAAUUACUAACCAGUUGGCGUUCCCUGGGUUCCAGAUCACGGGGCCUACAAGGGAAAAGUCCAGUCCUCGGUUGAAGUCGUUACAUGCGAAAUCUUACUUGCUCGGAGCGGCGCCGGCGCCCUCGCAAAUUGUGUGGCUUGUGAAUAAUGGCUCCAUCAUCGUAGACAUCGAUCCCAACAGCACCCCCUUGCAUCUUAACCACACCUUGGUGCAGACUUACAUUCGCGAUCAAAACGAAAACCGUAACCUUACCAAAACUAUCAAAAAGGUGGGGAACUUUGUGAACGUUACGCAAGACAUUGCAGACUUCAGGUCAGCUAUACAUGGUACGCCAAACACCGUUUCCCUCUCGGUGCAAAAUCACGCAAAAGAGAAUUCCCCGAUUCUUACGUACAAGGUUGAUAUUGCCGACUCCGAGUUUCACGGAGACUGCUACCAUAAAUACACAGAGAUGAUCCGUGACAAGCUUCCCGAAUCUUGGACCACUCUUGAAAGCAACUACUACAACUCCGUCGAGGUUUCUAAGGAAGCCAAACUCCAUAACCUGAUCUCCAAGUACUUCUACGAAACUGAGAUUAUGGGAAACACCCUUGGCAGUCACUAUGACUGGCGCUUCUUCGACGGACUCACACAUCUAGACCUCGUGGAGCAGCGUAUCGUGUUUCAUCACAUGCUUCGCACAUGGUUGAAGUUCACCGGCGAGUACGGGCUCACCACGUGGGUGGCGCACGGCUCGCUCCUUUCGUGGUACUGGAACGGUAUGUCAUUUCCGUGGGACAACGAUCUCGAUGUCCAGAUGCCGUUAGAGCACUUGCACCGUAUGGCCUUGCAGUUCAACCAGAGCUUGAUUGUGGGGGUGGAUGAGAGCUACGAUAGCUACCUCUUGGAUGUGGGGACGUUUAUCACAGAGCGAACCCACGGCAAUGGUAAGAACAACAUCGACGCGCGACUCAUCCACACCGGGACCGGCUUGUACAUCGACAUUACGGGGAUUUCAUUAUCGGGGUCGCUUGCAUCGCCAACCUACUAUGGCUUAUUGGAGGCGGAGCACAAGCGGUUGGGGAUGCCGGGUUCCUACGCCAACACCCGGGGAUCUGAGAGCCUUCGCUUAGAAAAGAACACCCAGAUGAACGCAGUUAACGACCGCAAUGGCCACUACAUGCUCGUCCACGAUCUUACACCGUUGCGGUUGACCUUAGUCGAGGGUGCCCCCGCGUACGUUCCCCAAAAUUACAAGAAAGCGCUAGGGGUUGAAUACGCCAGGGGUAUGGUGUCGCGGGCGUUUAAGAACUGGGCAUAUGAGCCUCUUUCCAGCACGUGGAUGUCGAAGUUUGUGCUCACCAAAGUUCCGAAUGUGGCAAAGAUCACUGGGGAGGAGCUUCUGGAGGUGCUCCAAGGCAACGAAGCGGCAUUAAAUGAGGUGUAUGCUACUCAUGCGUUAACCAGAGUGCACCGGCACGAAAUGAGCGAGUUGGAGGUGGAUGAGUGGGGUACUGAGAAGUUGGUGAUGGACAAUAAGUGGCUCAAGCCCGUGCGCUGUGACUUGUAUGAAUUUAGAGAGAACAGUGCGGGGUUGUGGGGACGCGAUACAGCGACGAUAGGGUUGGUUUACCAGCAAUAG